CGAGCUAUCAGUAGCUUAAGAGUCGAACAUGUUAUCAGGUGUUGAUAAGUUUCAGUUCUAUUUAUUACUUGCGAUUUCACAUGAUUGCUGAAUGUGAAAACAUCACUAAUAGAUUAUGAAAAGGUAAAUAUCAUAGUUUAUGAGCCGAAAAUUUAUAGUUAAAAUACCCUUUUACUAAUAAAACAGAAAUUAACUAAGCAUUGAAUUAAUUCCAUUUGUUUGGAGUGAAAAAUGUAAGGCUUUCAGUAUCAAGAAUAAUAAAACUGAUAUGGAUUUGUUUUCUAUCGACACUGAAGAAGAUAAAUACGAAGCUUUCACGCUUGAUCCUGCCACUGAAAACAACUUCUUCUCUACGUCAGCUACUACACGUACAUCACUACACUACAUCUCCAUUUCCCUUUACAAAAUCAUUACGAUUUCGUUGCUUGCUUUUACCUUCAUCAUCAUUGUCAUACUUUUCUUCUUUACCAAAAAAUGUGAAGGCAUAUGCAAACUCUCAUCUUGUCAGAGGACUGUUAGCGAAAACUACGUAACUGUGCCAAGUGAAGAAUCCUUGGAAAGAGAUAUCAGACACUAUGGACGCCAUAUUUCGAACAGAGAUGAAUUGAGUUCUAUUUUGGAUAUUCCAUCAAAUGUAUACGAUGUCCGACAGUCAUGGAAUGAUUCAGAAUAUGAUAACUUAUCUCUGAAUCCAGCCCUCAAUGACAGCGAUAUGAUAGAUGCACCACCAGAUUACGAACCCCCUCCGCCAUAUGAAUCCCAUUGCGCAACUGGGAUAAAAAGUAAAGUCUUACAAGUUUAAAAUACAUUGACUUAUACAAUGUUAUAGUGACGCAAUACAUUGACUUAUACAAUGUUAUAGUGAUGCAAUACAUUGACUUAUACAAUGUUAUAGAGUAGCAAUGUUAUAGUGACGAAAUGAUGCGUGCAACGCCACGCUUCGAACGCUCUCCAUCAUUAGAAUUCUUGUGUAUAAAUAGAAUAAAAAUUAAUACCUUAAAAUUUUAGGAUCCAUUGACUCUUACGUGUCUUGUAGUGUUGCAAUAUAUGCAACAGAAGAUUGCGAACACCUUCCAUUGUACGAUUUUUCUUAAACAGCUAAAAUAGAAGGCAGUAUCGGAAAAGAGAAUCUAUUUACUGUUAAAUUCUUUUCAAUAAUAAAAUUAUAAUACAAUAUA